AUGAUUCCACCGUUAGAGCCUUCAGAAUCUCCUGAAUCAACCAUGGAGAAAUGGAAAGUUUGGGCGGAUGGAGCUUACAGAGUCGGAGGUUCUGGAAUUGGGAUCCUCUUGCAGAGUCAAACCGAGAUAAGGCUUCGAUACGCGGAAAAACUUGCUUUCAAUACUACCAACAAUGUAGCUGAGUACGAGGAUGUAAUAAUGACCCUAAAGAUCAUCAAGGAAUUAGGUAUACAUAAAUCUAAUAUUUUUAGUGACUCACAGUUGAUUGUUAAUCAAUGUCAGGGACAAUUUAAAGUUCGAGAACCGAACCUUGUCAAAUAUGAGAAAAAGAUUCACUCUUUAAUGGAGAGAAUCAAAGACAGGCAGGGCAACUGCGAGCUUCACCAGGUGGCUAGAGGUGAUAACAAAGACAAGGAACGUUGGGAUUGCCUUCUUAAAAAAAGAUUAAGGAGAAUUCAUUGA